AUGGAUAGUGAAUUCGUACACAUAUCAACGAGCCUUCGUCUGCAAAUUGGAUACGGCAUUGGGCACGUACUUAACGAUGUAUGUGCAAGUUUGUGGUUCACUUACUUUUUGGUAUUUUUUCAUUUAGUAUUGGAAUUUACCGCAUCCCAGUCGGGUAACUUGAUGCUAAUAGGACAAGUAGUAGAUGCUUUAGCGACACCAUUUGUUGGAUAUCAUUCAGACCACACAGACAAUGGUAUUAGUGCUAAAUAUGGUCGACGGAAAUUGUGGCAUUUAUUUGGUACCGUCUGUGUCCUGUUGUCAUUCCCCUUCAUAUUCUCAGAGUGCAUUGAGUGUUCAUUAUCCCACAAAUGGGCACAAAUGUAUUAUUUUGCAUCGUUUAUUAUAAUAUUCCAAAUUGGUUGGGCUGCGGUACAGAUAUCACAUCUAAGUUUAAUACCAGAACUGUCCGAAGACGAUCAUACUAGAACUCAUCUCACAGCUAUCAGAUAUGGGUUCACAGUAUUUUCAAAUUUAUUCGUCUACAUUAUCACAUGGCUUAUAUUACGGAUGACUGGGGAAUGCGAUAAACAUCAAAUAGGGCCAUCAGAUGCCUGGAAGUUUAGACAUAUAGUAUACAUAGCGCUGGCAGUAGGUACGAUUGCAUCCAUAUUAUUUCACUUCACUGUUUCUGAAAAAAACAGCCGCGUCCGUCGGGAUCAACUAGAACCGGAGGGUGAAAGCGGUGCGCACUAUGAUUUCUUACGCAAACCACUUAUGUAUCAGGUGGCCGGUGUGUACAUGUGUACAAGACUUGUAGUGAACGUGUCACAGGUAUUAAUACCCCUGUAUCUCCACCGUACGCUAGGCCUAGCCGAGCGCGCCCUAGCAGCGGUUCCCCUAGCGCUGUACCUUGGCAGCCUAGCCGCGGCAGGCGUACAAAGGCUGGCCCCAAGGUCGUGUAAACGAAAACUCAAUUAUCUAACUGGUUCUGCAUGCGCAUUGGCUGGUUUUGUGUGGAUUUAUCUGGGAUCUGAUGACGAUUAUAAAGUCUAUUUUAUAUAUGUGGUUGCUGUGUUAAUAGGGUUUGGAGGUGCUAUAAUGUUGGUGACAAGUUUGGCUCUGACGGCAGACUUGGUCGGCGCCAGGACCGAAGCUUCUGCCUUCGUGUAUGGACUCAUGAGCUUCAGCGAUAAACUGGCUUGUGGAAUCGCUAUUGUUGUUAUUCAAACAUAUGCGGACGGCGCGCCGGCGAGCUACUAUCGCGACGCGCUCUCGUGGGUGUGCGGCGCCGCAACUAUCGUAGGACUCAUGUUGACGUUGCUCUUACCCAGAUUCUAUAGUCAUGAACUCCUUGUGGACGAUAACUCUUCAAUAAAUAAUUCAGAUGAACAGGACACCGCAGAACCGUUAAACGCAUGA